UGAUGGACGCCGAUGCUUUUACAUCAACAGAGGAUCUGCUGCUUUCUGCAGCUGUUGGACUGUGACACUGGGCAGAGAAGAGCACUUCAGUCUCCUACAGAUUGUUAUGGAAUAUGACAGGUCAUAGAAACACGUGUGGAUUCACAAAGACGUCUGAAACACGGAGCCCCGGGGAGAGGGACUGCAGUGUCUUGUGUGAACCAAUCUCUCGCUGACCACUUGUAUACAGAUGACCAGUCAUGGCCACAGCAUCAGACUCAGCGGAAGAUUCAGUCGAUGAAGUUGUGUCUAAACACACUUCGAGGAUAACGCUGUCUAUUGUCCUGGUGACCAUCAUUAUAAUGACCGCACUUGGUAAUUUGCUUGUGAUGGUGGCACUCUGUAAAGACAGACAGCUAAGGAAGAAGAAGACCAACUUCUUCAUUGUAUCGCUGGCAUUUGCAGACCUUCUAGUUGCCCUGGUUGUGAUGCCACUGGCAGCCAUAGAGUUAACCACAGGGAAGUGGAAUUAUGGAGAGACGUUCUGCCUGGUGCGAACCUCACUGGAUGUGCUGCUGACCACUGCGUCCAUUCUGCAUCUGUGCUGCAUUGCUCUGGACAGGUACUAUGCGAUUUGCUGUCAGCCUCUGGUGUAUAAUAACAAGAUGACACCUGUGAGAGUCUCGCUGAUGCUGGUCGGAUGUUGGGUCAUCCCGUUUUUCAUCUCUUUCCUUCCCAUCAUGCAGAGCUGGAAUACCAUUGGAAUCGAGAGCUUUAUCGAACAAAGAAAACUGAACUCAUCUCGUAACUCCACCUGUGUAUUCAUGGUGAACCAGCCAUAUGCUCUGGUGUGUUCAGCUGUGGCUUUCUAUGUGCCUCUAGUUUUAAUGGUUCUGGCCUAUCAGCGGAUCUAUGUAACCGCCAUGGGACACGCUCGGCGAAUCGGCUCUCUCCAUCGGGCUGGUUCGGCUCCUACUUCCACUUACCCCAACAAUGACCAGCACGGUUCCAGUCGCAUCAAGAAUGAGACCAAAGCAGCUAAGACUCUGGCUGUGAUCAUGGGCUGCUUCUGCCUGUGCUGGGCUCCCUUCUUUGUCACCAACGUGGUGGAUCCUUUCAUCAACUACAGCGUGCCCUGGCAGAUGUGGACCGCUUGGCUCUGGUUGGGUUACAUCAACUCGGGCUUGAAUCCGUUCCUGUAUGCUUUUCUGAACCGGGCUUUUCGCAGAGCCUUCCUCAUGAUCCUGUGCUGUGGAGAUGAGCGUUAUGCCCGGCAGGGGGGCUUUAGCCCAAGCAGACAGUGCUCCGAGUCUGUCAACGGGACCUCCAUUUCUCUCAGGUACAGUUAGGCCCUCUUGAACACACUGAGCUUUCAGAAAUGAGUUCUGGGAGACAAAAGAUCAAAGAUAACCUUGUAUAUGAAAAGCGCAUGUAAAGAAUGUUGGUGAAGGGCUCUUGAUGGAGAUUUAUGGUUAGAGACGAUGCAUCAUAGAGUUGGUUUUGCUUUUUGCUUCAAGUUAUUAA